AAUUCGAAUUUCGAAUUGUUUACGAAAAAUAAAAGCCGUUGCGUGAUGAUCUCAAAUAAUAGGUUAAUCGAAAAUAUAAUUUGAAUUGUGACCUUUUCCUCGUGUGUGAUGUGAUAUCUUUUGAUUUUUGAAGCCUUGAAUAAUUCUGUGCAUGAACUUUAACUUCUGUAAUGUCUCCUGCGGAAAUCGACGCGCCAGGAGCUGGCCGAAAACUAAACCCGCGAAACAAUCCUGUUAUGUUCCAAAUAUUCCAAAACGUUCAAUAUAAUGUGGUGCAGCAUAAGAAAUACGUGAAGGAAAUGAAUAAACUAUACAGAAAGCUGGAUCAAGAUGUAUUUAGAGAAAGCUUCAAAAACGCUCUUCAUUAUCUAUUUACAUUUGGGGACACUAGUGCCAAUGUGGAUAGAGUUGUUGAAUUUGUUUCAACUUUCUGCACCAAACUUGAUGAUGAAGAAGAAUUCCUUAUGUUCAUUUUUGAAAUUAUUUUUGAUUGUCAAUGUGUAUCUGGUCAGUCUGUUAGAUACAGAGCGAGCCAGUUGCUGGCAGCUGUGCUUGCUGCUCUGGGGGAGGAUGCCUCAUUAGAUGAUGAUUUGUGUGACAAACUUCUUACAUCCCAGUUAGCACGUCUUGAAGAUACCCGCAGCGCGGUGCGGUGUCGCGCGGCUUUAGCGCUCCAAAGACUGCAGAAUCCGUCAGAGCCUCAUGACCCAGUCACCAGAUCUUACCGCUUUCAUAUGAGUUGCGACCCUAACUCUUCUGUCAGGAGGGCGAUAAUAAUGUCCAUAGCCAAGUGCAGGGACAAUGUGCCGUUCGUACUGGAGCGUCUCUGCGAUGUGGACGAAGCGGUGAGACGAGCUGCCUUCCUCUACGUGUCCGCCAUUAGCGUCACUCAGUUGAAAGUGAGGCAGCGCGUGCAUACACUGAAGGUGGGUUUAACUGAACGGAGUCCUCGAGUUCGUCGUGUGGUGGAAGAAAUCCUGAUACCGGCAUGGCUCGGCGCGUUCCAGGGCAACAUCAUAGAUCUGCUCAAAGCCAUCCGCCUAGACAACGCGCAAGACACCAAUGAUUCUCAGUAUGUCGCUGGGAAGCUUCUGAAGUCGCUUUUUGAACGUCUUGAAGUGUGGGAGUUGUUGAAGUGGCUCCCAACUGACAUCGAGCACCGCCUCAUACCAGCGGAGAAGCUCAACAAGGAGACGGCGUGGUACUGGCGCCACCUAGCGGAGCACUUGCAGGACGACGACGCGCUGGAGUCGGUGUUGCCAGAACUCGUCAAACUUACCGGAUAUAUACGAGUUAUAGUUGAGUCGCCUUGUCCAUCUGAGUCCGAAGACCCGGCGAUGUUUAAUCUGCGACAGUCGGUGCUGCGCGAGCUGGCCAGCAUGCUGCGCGUGUACGACGCGAGCGACCCGGCCGGCCGGGCAGCGCUCAAGGACCUCGUCACUGACACUCUCACUGGUGACUACGGGCCCCUGAGCGCGGACGUGAUCCGCGCGUUGGUGUCGGCGCUGGAGCUGGUGGUGCCGGACGUGGCGCUGCGCAUCGACAUCGUCUGCGGCAUCGUGUCGGCGCUGCGCGAGCCGCCCGACCUCGACCAGUCGAUGCAGCAGCCGCAGCCGCAGAUUGAGUCCACUGAAAUUAAAAUGCAGAGGGCCAGAUUGCGCGUAUCUCUAAAUGUUGCCAUAGAAGAGCAAGAAGAGGCGGUGAGGGAGGAAAAUUAUGCUCUGGCAGCUGAAUGUAAAGCUAAGGUAGCAGAUAUACAAAGAAGAAUUGAAGAAUUAAAUGUUCAAAUGCAACCGCCGCCGCACCAACCACGACCUUUGCCUACAAUCCGAGAGAAACAGUGUGACGCAGAUACUCUAAACAAAUGUCUGACCAUAUUGAACUGCGCGUUGGACACUCCUCAACUGAAAACAUCUACCCCACUGCUGGAGUUGACUUACAAAGAACUUGAGGUAGAAAUAUGGCAAAAUCCAGAUAUCCUGGAUAAUGCGCUGGAAACGGUGGCCCUGUUUGGAAUGCUUGACAAGGAGUUCGCAAGAGAUAACAAGUCGUUCUUCUUUACUAAUUUGGUGGACCUCACCCUGGAGUCAACAGUCUGUACAGCACUCAAGUGUGUAGUUGAUCUCUUCUGCGUGCACGGCGCAAGCGUCUUUGAGGAGAACACAGAAUCCAGAGCUGAUGCAUCGAAGAAACGGAACACUAAUCAUUCUGUGGAUACUUCUGAAGCUGAUGGUACUAUGAGUGAGACUUUAUCGACUCUGUCUACACACGGCGCAGUCAUUGAUUUACUGCUUGAUAUUUUGGAUAAAUCAUGCCCGUCGCAUAGACUCAUCAUAGUGGAAGGUCUGUGUCGGUUCAUAUACCUCGGCCACUUGGUGUCGCCGGCUAUCAUCAGCAGGCUAUUGCUGCUCUGGUUCAACCCUACUACAGUGGACGAAGAUUCUCUGCGACAGACUAUAGGCAUAUUCUUCCAAACGUUUCCAACUAGCGUGGAUGGGGCUCAAGAACAAAUACAGAAAGCAACUUUACCGACCCUAAGAGCUCUUGCCAACGCGCCGUCCAACUCUGCGAUAGCUGCGAUAGACCAAGAGGCGAUGGUAAAAUUUAUCGUGUCGCUCACGAGAGUCAAUCAUGAGCUCAUAGACAGCCAAGGCGCGAUGGCUGUAGUGCUGUGCGGGCACUUGGCGCGCCGGCCCGCGUGCUCCGAGGCGGCGCUGCUGUGCCGCAUGCUGGCGCUGCUGUCGCCGCCGCGGGACGCGCUCACCGCCUCCGACCUCGCCGUCACGCUGCGCGACUUGUGCCUGAAACUACCCGAUAAGCAGUCCUGUCGAAACCUGACUCGCUAUCUAGGGGCCUUGGAAGAACGCGCCAGCCUUAGUAAAGCUUCUAAUAUUGGUGUAGAAAGCACUAUUCAAGCAGAAGACACAAUAGACACUGUUGGCCGAAACACUUUAUCCUUACCCCAACCGCUCGCACGAAGCACUCACGUGGUUAUCAACGAGACUGUUCAAGAGGAACCAGAGAUAGAUGAAACCUCCCCCUCCGAGAUUGUAGCCACAGAUCCUGAAGAAGCUAGUUCAUCAGACAUAAGGAGAGAAGUAUCGGAGGUGGCUGCAGAUAAAGAUGGUUCAUCCUCCGAUGGCAGCGGAGUAUCCCCAGUGAAGAAAGCCAAAAUAGUUAAGGGCAAGAAAAAGAAGCUACCUGUCACAAAAGAUGAUGAUGACUUUAAAGAUAAAGGCAAACCGACAAAAGCAGCAAAACAGAAGCAAACAUCAAAGGGAAUCAAACGAAGUCGCUCGCAGCGUUCGCAAGAGAAUGUUGAAAGAGCUAAACCGAAUAGCAAAUCUAAAAAGAACCAGGUGGCAUCAAGAGAAGCAGUGCAACGGUCCCCCUCACCAGAUCGUCACAGCGUCACUGUCAGGAGAUCGUCUCGCGGAGAGCCAUCCAGCCCCAGCACAGACUCCAGUAGCUCCAGUAGAAGCAACAAUAAAAAUGGAAGAAAAGGUAACAAAGGUACGCAAGAGUCCCCGCCAAUGAACGAUCUGGACGUCUCCAACGUCACAAUCCGGCGGUCGACUCGCGGCGCGGUGUCUCCCGACACUCCUGACAGUGAUUCAAAUGGUUCCAAACAGGGCAAGAAGAACAAAAAAGGAAUUAAUAAAGCGAAUGAAGAACGUCGCACGACGCGCUCGUCGGCCGGAUCGAGAAGCAGCGGUGCUAGUUUCAUGCAAAACAACUCGGCUGAUGAAACGGAACUGCACACCAUUGUUUACGAUAAUGAUAUUGAACAAGAGUUGUUUAACGACUCAGAUGAGAUGCUGCAGAACAAAUCUCACAAACCAAACGUGACCAUAGAAGAGACACCAGACGCGAGCGAAGAGUCUGAAGUAGAGGAGGAAAUUCUACCGAAAGGAAAAGGGAAACGAACAUAAUGAAAUGUAGUGAAACUGAUUUACUUAUAUUAUUAUACUUAUAUAGUCAAAUAAAUUUACCACCAGGGCCUUUCUAGUAAUAAGAG